AAAGGGGGCAGGCCAGGCGGAGAGAGCGUGAAUACUGAAGGUAGGUCUGUGGAGCAGACUGUCUGCAGCUGCCGCUCAUGUCGCUGGUCGACUAACAGCAAGUCUUUCUUCGCCGUAGAAGUUUGUCAGGAGAAUAAAGCGUGCUAAUUCGGCGUUAUUCUGCUUUCAACACAUCCAAGAGUGAUUAACCCAAGAGGAUAACGGACAUGAACUUGGCUGUACCCUUGUGCGCUCGAGCGCUUUUCUUGGCUCAACUUCUGGCUUCAUUCCUCUUCAGCCCUGUGCAAGGCCAAAGUGAUGGCAGUGGAGUGGUGGUGGCCAUGUACAAUAUCAGCGCCUCCCAGGGAUCUCAGGCGGUAUUGCAAUGUCAUAGUCAGCGCAUGGUGUGGACACAAGACCGCUUAAAGGACCGCCAAAGGGUAGUGCACUGGGAUUUACUUCGUAGUGGCCCAGACCAUGCAAUGGAACGUGUCAUAGACAUGUUUUCUGCUGGAGACCAGCGCAUCUACAACGGCUACAACCAGGGCCGCAUUAACAUGCCCAAGACUGCUUUUAAGGAUGGCAACUUCUCAUUGGUAAUCAAAGAUGUUGCAAUGAGUGACAAAGGAAUCUACUCCUGUAACCUGCAUCAUCAUUACUGCCACCUGUAUGAGUCAAUCAAAGUUCAGCUCAAUGUCACCAAAUCAGCACGUAAGGAGAGGCGGUUUUGGGAUGGUCAGAAGGCAGUGUUUGUGGUUCUGGUGGGCAGCGCGGUGGUUCUCCCUUGCGUUAACCGCCGGCCUAUCUGGACAGAGGGCAACAGUCAGGAGGACCAACAACAAGUGGUGCACUGGGACCAUCAACCUCCAGGGGUCCGACACGACCGUGCCGAUCGGCUCAUCGACCUGUACGCUUCUGGUGAGAGGCGUCACUAUGGACCACUGUUUGUUCAGCAAAAGAUGAAUAUUUCUGCCACAGCAUUCUCGCAGGGAGAUUUCUCUCUGAUCAUCUCAGACAUCCAGCCUCUGGAUCAGGGGCUAUACUCUUGUCAUCUCCACCAUCACUACUGCGGUCUGCAUGAGAGACGCAUCUUCCAGCUUACCGUGACGCCUCCAGUCCCUCAGAUCCCUCAGGAACCCACAGAUGAACCUCAGUAUCUUCCCAAUGAAGACCCAAACACCAAUAUGGUGGAAGUGCCGCCACAUGUAAUCAACGUCAUCUUGCCAGAGCAAAGGAGUCACUUCCUGCAGCAGCUGGGCUACAUCCUGGCGACUCUCCUCUUACUGGCUCUUAUCGUGUUGGCUGUCGUUCUCCUCACACGUCACCGGAAAAGACAAGGCCAGGAUUUUGAUCCACGGAAAGUCGAAAGUCCACCUCUGCCGACGGUGACGUAUGUGGGCCACACAUCAUGUGUUAAGAAAGAAUGUGAGCGAAGCAUCCCAGAAGUGAAGUCAAGCAACCAAGAGGAGACGAAGUUGGACUACAAGAACAAUCUUCUGAAGGAAGCGGAAAUGUCCAAACUUUGCUCCCAAAAAGCUAUUGACCUGGACAGAGAGAUGGAGAAGCCAUCUUGGAAAUAAGAGGUACCUUGCCACUGGCUGGUCCAGGGGCAGAUUUGGAAACGGAUGAAAAAUGAAGUGCAGAGAGGUGAUAAUAUGGCAAGGAAAUAAGUGAAAAGGAGAGCAGGACACAGUUGUAUCUUUUUUU